AUGACAGACUUGAGCUUGCGCCUGGGCCUACGAAAGGAUCCAGUCAAGUGGGAUAAGCCCCGGGAAUGUAUAGGAGAAAAGCAAGGCGAGAUACAGAAGGGAAAGUAUACCUGCUGGCGGCCGGUGGGUCGGGCGAGCGAUGUCUGGCUUAUCAUCCGGCCAAAGAUCAAGGAAUUCCUUGAUCAUUUCGGUGCCAACGUGACACUGGUCAUACUGGAGAUGUAUAUGAUUGGUCGCACCGAGGAUAGUGCAGUUCCCACGAUACUCAUCUGUUCCGAAGACCAGAAGGCGCGCAAAAGCCUCAGAAAAGCGAUUAAAGAGAGCGGUAUACUAAGAGAGUGGACCGGGGUGGGCCUCGGGGACACUCCUGUCUUACCAGACCGCAGAAGGGUCAUCCCCAUCAUGGAUCCACCGCAUAUGACAGAGUUCGCUUCUCAUCGAUACUUUGACAAGUUGAAACAGUUGAAGGAAGCAGAAGACUACGAGGAACGUGGGAAACUCACAAGCUCGGAAGACGGUGAUGCACUCGGUCGCAGGCUCUACAUUUACGUCGAAGGCAAGAAAUGCCUUGCUACAGGUGGUUUGGUCGUCUAUUUUGACGAUAAAGCAUAUCAGCUCACUGCUGGACACGCAUCAGUGCGGAGUCUUGUAGGGAGCAGUUCAGUCCUUAGCACUGAAGAAGAAGCACUUGAUGAGUGUGACUUCGACGGGCAGUCGGACGACGAAGAUUCCUCGGGCUCAUUAGAUUUGCUUGCGACUAGCCACGCAAGCCAAUCUAGCGAAGAGCCCAGUAUUUGGGAGAGCGAUGAUGAUAGCGACCGAGUCGAAACAUUCCAGCGCGUUGCCUCCGCUGAUUCUCAGGUACAAGAAAGGCUAUUGUUUUCUUCGCCAGCUCGUUCCGAUGAAAAAGGAAAAGGCAAGGUCGAAUCCGAGAUUAGUUUCGGUGCAGGCCCUUAUAAGCCAGAUGUCUUCACUUCAACGAAACUAGUCAGCUCUCCCAGUAAGGUAGGCAACCUCGCCUUCAGUACCGAUACUCUGCCCGAUUCGGUGAUGGACUAUGCGCUUGUCUCUCUUGAUAACCCGGCGACAAGUCCCUGCACCGUCUCCUUUACUGAAGGGAGCAUGCGGCGGUUAGUGACCAUCAAAUGUUGCUCCGUCAUCCUCCCAGGCGAUACAGAUAUUGUGGCCAUCACCGCUUCAGGUGGAGCGAUCAUUGGGACGCUAUCAUCUACAACAACUUUCUUACGUCCAGCUGGGAAGUUCAAAUUCCAGGAGGUGUAUCCUAUCCGCCUGGAGAGGCCUGUUGCUCUAGGUGACUGUGGUGCCGCAGUAAUUGAUCGAAAGACUGGAGAUUUCUACGGCCAUAUCACGGCAGGCACACCCGGAACGGGGUAUGCAUACAUUAUACCCGGCAAUGAGAUAUUCCAAGACAUUGCUGAAAGAUUUGGCUCUGCAGUAACGCUGAGUCCAGCGAAAACUUUCGCCCCUCGCUUCCCCUUCGUGCUCCCCUUAUCAAAAAGAAGUACAUUGGGAACAGAAGAUGUCAAAGAGAAAUCGGUGCCAGCAUCAAAUAAAUCUCCCAUAAGAUUUUCCGAUAUUCUGUCUGGUCUGAAACGGCGACCGAGUACGCCAACGCGCGAGCCUUCAAUGGCCCAGAACAACAUUUCAAAUUUGUUCUUCCUCCUUCCUGAUGAGAUCCGUGUUAAGAUUGGUAGUCAGUUGCAAUUUGCAGACCUACUCAAUUUGCGUCUCGUAUCACACGCAUGGUACAAUUUUGUGAGGUUCAACGAACCGAUUUUCGUUAUGGCGUUGUUGCGGACUCACAUUCCCAUAUAUGCGUAUAGAUUGUACCGCCUCCCAACGCCAUUCGCGAUGAAUCGUGGUGACCUUGGCUACCUUGGCCAGCUGCGGCACCGAAUGAUGGUCUCGACCAAGCUAUCUGUACUAAUAACGGAUUGGGUGGUCAAGGAGAUUUUCCUCCGCACAACUCCGUCCCAGGUCGAACAAUUUUCUCCUCAGGCCGAACGCAUGCGGAGGCGCUUGAUACCUGUUAUAUUCACGAUUUUCCACUUUUUCGAGACCUACCGAGCUGAACACUUACGGUUUGUCAAACAUCACCCCCACGGCUUGAGGAGGUCUGUGUUCACUUUCAACCCAAUCGAGCGCAGGAUCAUGGAAUCGUAUGAUGACGCGACUCUGCUCAACGUGCAUCAGAUUUUCCCCUUGUUCCUGUCAUCAUUUGUCAGACAGUUUCGACCACCAGCAUAUACAGGCAGGGUCGAGAGAUCAUUACGGGGCUACGUAAGGGAUCCACCAGCCGAUGAGGUCUACAGUGCGAUUCUGCACUUAGGGGAAGUGCAGUGGACCAGUGGUACUCAAGGGUACAGACAAGAUCUCAACCGCUAG